AAUACAACGGCGGGAAAGUGGGCGGCUGCAACAUUGCGGCACCAAGACACGCGGAAACUGUCCCCAAGUCAUGUGCCAUGCGUCACGGUUUACGGCACAGAUUCGGCCACUGGUCCAGAAAACCAUGUAGCCGUGAGGCGCAUGGCAGUGAAGGUACCUUAGCGGUCCCUUCUCAUGCCUAUAAAUUGGGCCACAACCGAAGUUGCCAAAGCCAAACGACCAUCACAUACUAGAAGGAGCUCUGAUCAAACGCCAUGGCACAGCCCACGGUCACCGUUUGCGGCGGCGCAGGUGCCCACGUCCUCCUCUGCCCUUUCCCGGCAUCGGGUCACAUCAUACCCCUCCUCGACCUCGCCCGCCACCUCCUCAUCCGCGGCUUAACCCUCACCAUCUGGGUCACGCCCGCCAACCUCCCUCUCCUCCAGCCCCUCCUCUCUUCCCACCCUUCUUCCCUCCAGCCGUUAGUUCUCUCGCCCCCAGAAGUUCCGGCCACCGGCCUCGCAGCCAAAAUUCGCGCCUUCGGCGAACUUUACGACCCCAUCCUUGGGUGGUUCCGGUCCCACCCCUCGCCUCCGGCGGCCAUCCUCUCCGAUUUCUUUUUGGGCUGGACCCUCCACCUCGCACGCGAGGUCGGCGUGCCGCGCAUCGUCUUCUCCCCGUCCAGCGCGUUUGCGAUCGCGGUUUCUAAUUCCAUCUGGCGCGACCUGCCAAAGAACGGCGAUCCCGAAAACGCCAAUUUCGUCGUCUCGUUUCCGAAAGUCCCGAAUUCCCCCAAGUACCCUUGGUGGCAGCUCUCUAAGAUCUACCGCGACUCCAAGGAAGGAGACCCAGAUUGGGAGUUUUUCAGGAAUGGCAUCUUGGCAAACAUGGCAAGUUGGGGCGUCGUGUUCAACUCGUUCUACCAGCUGGAGAGUGUUUACAUUGACCACCUUAAAGAGGAGUUGGGACACGAUAGGGUGUGGACAGUUGGCCCACUUUUGCCGCCUGAUCACGAUCCAGUGAGGGCCACUAAUCGAGGUGGGUCAAGCUCAGUACCAUCUCACGAUGUGUUCAGGUGGCUUGAUAAAUUGGCAGAUCGGUCCGUUGUUUAUGUUUGUUUCGGAAGCCGAUGUGUGUUGACACAGGCGCAGAUGAAUGUUUUGGCAACAGGUCUGGAGCUCAGCGGCGUUCACUUCAUUUGGUGCGCGAGGACAUUAAAUGAAGAACAAACGAGAAGUGAUGGUGGCAAAAUUCCCGAUGGGUUCGAAGAUCGGGUAGUUGAAAGAGGUUUUGUCAUUAAGGGAUGGGCUCCGCAAGUGGCAAUACUGAGUCACAGAGCCGUGGGCGCUUUUUUGACUCAUUGUGGAUGGAACUCAACUUUAGAAGGACUCGUUGCAGGAGUCGUAAUGUUAACUUGGCCGAUGGAUUCAGAUCAAUUUACAGAUGCCAAGUUUUUGGUGGACCAAUUGGGAGUGGGGAUCCGAGUUGGGGAGAACACUCAAAACAUUCCUGACUCCGCUCAGUUGGCUCAAAUAUUAUCUGAGUCGGUGGACGGUUCUGGAUCAAAAAGUUCUCGAGCCAUGGAAUUGAGCAAAUUGGCAUUGGAAGCAGUCAAAGGAGGUAGUAGCUCAGAAAGAGAUUUGGACAAACUAGUGGAAACAUUGUCUCAACUUUCAAGUACUUUUGAGUCGACGGUAGACUAAGCAAUAUUAAGAAAAAAGUUUGUCAAUCACAAAAGAAAAGUUUGUAUUUUUACAUUAUUGACUUCGGUCACUAUUGCGUUACAUUGGAUAUAUGUAUUUUUACAUUGUUGGUUUAUUAAUUAUAUCUAAUUAACUUAAUUGAGUUAUUGUUUUGUCUUUAUAAA